CAAAAUAUCAACAACAGAAAGCACAUUCGAGUGAUUAAUGCUCAAUAAACCAUCUAUCAAAUCAGUUUAAAUGUACAUUGCAGCAAAACAAUAAUAAAAACACUUGUUUACAACAUUAACCUAGGCAAUACGAUCAAAUACCUACAUCAAAACAAAUGUUAUAAAAGACUAGCAAAACUCUUGUUCAUUUCAUUCAAACAAAUAAUCGCCAUGCAUCCCUUGGUGUUAGUAUCUGUAUUCAUUUGUUGUUUUCACGUGAAUGUUAUUUCAAGCCAGGCUGUGUUAACAAAUGUGGCAUACUCAAAACCAGUCACCUUAAGUACUGAAUAUAGAGAUGGUAUUUACCCAGAAUCAAAUGCUGUCAACGGUCUUUUAUCAGACUAUACCCACACUUCGCAAGAGAAAUUUCCUUGGCUUAGGAUAGAUCUGGAAGGAAUGUUUCAAAUACAUUUGAUAGAAGUGUUUGCAAGGGCUGACGAUUUUGGUUAUCUGUUACACGAUGUUGAUAUAACAGUUGGAAAGAACAUUUAUUAUAUGAAGUUCUGUGGACAUUUUACUGGGAAUGCAUUCAAAGGUCAGCGAAUUGCAAUGUUUUGUCCUCAUGAAACCGUGGGACGUUAUGUACAAUUACAGAUCGUCAACGGAGAUUCCAACUACUUGACUCCUGCAGAAGUUCUUGUCUGGGGUGUUCGUGAAAUACUUUAGAGUUACUUUGUGACGUGACAUUUGCUUUUAAUCGCAAU